AUGUUUCCUCUUAAGCUUCCUAAAUUCAUCAGCCUUACGGCUUCCAUAGAUUGGUUUUACCGGCAUUCUUUCGCCAACGCCGGCCUUCGCUCAGUUUUAACCAAUCUAGGUGAUGGCACCAUCAUGAAUUGCUGGGUGCCCAAAUCCCACAAACCCUACAAACCGACCCUCCUCCUCCUCCACGGCUUCGGAGCCAAUGCUAUGUGGCAAUACGGGGAGCAUCUACGACACUUUACCCCCCAUUUCAACGUGUACGUGCCCGACCUCCUCUUUUUCGGCCACUCCUACACAUCGUGCGUGGAACGCUCAGAGUCUUUCCAAGCGCAAUGUGUAAUAAGGUUGAUGGAGGCCCACGGGGUUGGAAAGAUGAGCAUGGUGGGGAUAAGCUAUGGUGGGUUUGUGGCGUACAACGUGGCCUUACAGUGUCCGGGGAUGGUAGAGAGGGUUGCGCUGUGUUGUGCCGGGGUGUGCUUGGAGGCGAAGGAUAUGGAGGAAGGGUUGUUUAGGGUAUCGAACUUGGAUGAGGCUGCAAGCAUUUUGUUGCCUCAGACUCCAGAGAAGCUAAAGGAAUUGAUGCGCUAUUCAUUUUUCAAGCCUGCAAAGAGCGUGCCCUCUUUUUUUCUCACGGAUUUCAUUCAUGUGAUGUGUACAGAUUAUGUAGAAGAAAAGAGAGACUUGAUCCGGGCAAUACUCACGGAGCGAAAAAUGUUUAAUCUUCCCAAGAUCACACAGCCCACAUUGAUAAUAUGGGGACAACAGGACCAGAUAUUUCCGGUGGAGCUAGGGUACAGAUUAAAGAGGCAUGUAGGGAAAAGUGCUCAACUGGUGAUUAUCAAGAACGCAGGACAUGCUGUGAACCUGGAAAAGCCCAAGGAGUUUGUGAAGCACCUGAAAGCCUUCUUUUAUGACUCACCCUCAUCUCCGUCGUCACCAACAACAUGGAAAGAUCACUUUCACUUUCACAUCAACAAAGUCUCUUCAUAA